UUGUCGGUAAAAUAUUAGCAUUGAAUCUUCCUUCUUCUUUCUGCUCCAGUCCUUUAUUUGUAGCCAUCACACUCCCCGUCCCUACUCUCACAGAAAUCAAUGGACAACACGAAGACACCGACGGAAAAAAUCUCCGGCGAUCCUCCGACGAAGAAACCGGCGAGGAACAGAUAUGCCUUCGCCUGCGCCAUCCUCGCCUCCAUGACCUCCGUCCUCCUCGGCUACGAUGUCGCCGUCAUGAGCGGCGCUUCCAUCUUCAUCAAAGACGACCUCCAUAUAAGCGACACCAAGCUCGAAAUUAUCGCCGGCAUCAUAAACAUCUACUCUCUUAUCGGUUCCAUCGCCGCCGGCCGCACCUCGGACUGGAUCGGCCGACGCUACACCAUGGUCUUAGCCGCGGCAAUCUUCUUCGUCGGCGCCAUCGUAAUGGGCCUUGCCACCAACUACGCGUUCCUCAUGUCUGGCCGCUUCAUCGCCGGUAUCGGCGUCGGCUACGCGCUCAUGAUCGCCCCCGUCUACACCGCCGAAGUCGCCCCCGCCUCCGCCCGCGGCUUCCUCACCUCCUUCCCCGAAGUCUUCAUUAACGGCGGCGUCCUCCUCGGCUACAUCUCCAACUUCGCCUUCGCCGGCCUCCCCAACCACAUCAACUGGCGCGUUAUGUUUCUCGUCGGCGCCGUCCCACCAGUCUUCCUCGCCGCCGGCGUACUCAUUUUGAUGCCGGAGUCGCCGCGGUGGCUGGUGAUGCAGGGUCGCCACGCCGAGGCCGCCGCCAUUCUUUCGAAGAUCUCAGAUUCCCCGGAAGAAGCCGAGAUCCGGCUCGAAGAGAUAAAGUCAGCGGCGGGGAAUGAGGAGAGAACACACGGGGAAGGCGUAUGGAAAGAUCUUCUUCUCCGGCCGACUCCAGUGGUCCGCCGCGUGCUCGUUGCGGCCAUCGGGCUACAAUUCUUCCAGCAAGCCUCCGGCAUCGACUCGGUUGUUCUCUACAGCCCGAGAAUAUUCGAGAAGGCUGGAAUCAAAAGCAAGAAUCAGAAGCUGGGAGCAACGGUAGCCGUCGGAUUCACUAAAACCAGCUUUAUACUGAUCGCCACUUUCUUUCUGGACAGAGUAGGGCGGCGGCCUCUGCUUUUAGGCAGCGCCGGUGGGAUGAUAAUCUCACUACUGACGCUGGCUUCAGCGUUGCUUGUAAUCGACCGGCGGGCGGAAGGCGAGGCGUCGAAGGCGGCGGUUGGGGUGAGCAUAGCGACAGUUUUGUCAUUUGUUGGGUCGUUUUCUAUAGGACUGGGGCCGAUAGCGUGGGUUUACAGUUCGGAGAUAUUUCCGUUGAGGCUGAGGGCGCAGGGAGCGAGUAUGGGGACGGCGACAAAUAGGGUGAUGAGUGGAGUGGUGACGAUGACGUUUAUUUCCUUGUAUAAGGCGAUAAGUAUCGCAGGGAGUUUUUAUUUGUAUGCGGGAAUAGCGCUGUGCGGGUGGGUGUUUUUCUAUGUGUUUUUGCCGGAGACGAGAGGGAGGAGUUUGGAGGAUAUGGAAGAGGUGUUUGGCGGUAAGGGGAAGGAGAUGAAGGAGGAGGAGGUCGCCGGAGGUGUUGCUGGCGGCGAGGAUAGGCAUAAGAACGUUUGAUCAAUAAAUGUUUGCGAAGCUUAUAUAAAUAGGCGUUUAGGACGAUUGAAGUGAUGCAAUUUUUAUAUACCGACGGCAAUAAUUAUCUUC